AAUCUUGAUAACUAUUCUAAUACAACUUUAGUUUUUCUUCUUACCUCAUUAUCAAAAGUUCCUUGCUUAAAGUCUAAACAAUUUAGACAGGUAUAUAGAAAAAGAGAUGUAUUUUCUGAAACAACAUAUUCUUAUGCACUAUUGCUUCUUGUACAUUGGUUUUUAGAUGUUUUUAGUGAAUAAAAAUAAUAAUUAAUUGAGUGAUUUUUGCAGUGUGUUGGUUAACAUGAUAUAGAAAGGACACACUGUUCAAAUGGUUUGACACUGAGUCAAGUUACAGUUUGACUAAGGAUGUUUUUCAUAUAAUCUUUCACCUGACCAUCGCUAACAAGACAGCAAAAUUAACUAAACAUAAUAUUAUGUAAGAUUAGUCUUUGUACUGGAAUACUAUAUAAACUGUUGUAUUGGUGAAGUGAAAUGUUAGAUGUUCUCAUGGCUGCAGAAACCAAAGAUCUUGUCAUUCUUUCAUGCAGUAUUGUUUUGUCUGCAUUAGUACUCAGAAAGGGGUCAGAGGUCAACACUCAGAGGUCGUAUUCAAGACUAACAGGUGGUCUGCAGCAUUAGAGUAGAAUACUGUUAGGAUGAAUGAGUACACUAAACAAUUUCCAGAAGACUGAACGCCGCCACCAUCAUCAGAUCAAACAUCAGUUCCAGUGUUCAGCCAUGGUGCUGUUUGAGGAUCAGGAAUGUGGGGUCUGUUACCUGCGUUACUCCCGCAUCGACCGCGUUCCCAGAACUCUCCACUGCAACCACACAUUCUGCACCCCCUGUCUGGAGACAAUGGGGCUGCAUUCCAGCGGCCUGCGCACCAUUCGCUGUCCCCUCUGUCGCCAGGUGACUUGUUUGGACCGUGGCAUCAGCUUGCAGGAGGCUCUUUUUGUCAAUAGCCAAGUGUGGGACAACAUUUGUGAUGAGCAAGAGGAAGAAGAGGAUGAGAGACAGCAGGAAAAAGAGGAAGAGGGGGGAAACGCUGAUAUGCAGGUGCUGUCCUCAUCACAAGCUGAAUGUCCAGUGCGAAAACAAUACAGACCCAAACUCCGACUCCCGUCUUUCCUGAAGAGAAUGAGUUUCUCCAGGCAACCUGAAGAGAGGAUUGUUCCCACCUGCAAUGUAGAAAUGAUGUCAUGGAGAAGGAUUUCAUCAGAAGAGAUUUAAUGAAAAGUGCGACAGACACCAUAAGCAAAGGAUUAGCAAUACAAACAAUAGACUUUCACCAUCUGCUUUGCUUCUGUCAUAUGCGAAUUACGCCUGGCAUACUGAAAAAGCGGGAGCAACAGUCAGUCCUGGACAAGGUUGUUUAAACAACUCCGAACCCCUCCAUGUGCUUCAGCGACUGCAUUUUCCACUUGAAUAGCCACAAGUCCGAAUCCUGCUCCUCCAUCUGAGGGGAACUUCUCAUUAGAUAUUCCACCCUUAAUCCAUCCCAGCUGCUGAGGCCGGAUUUGUUUCAGCUGUCCCGAGAGACAGAGGGUCCCAGAUGCGAAACAAGACUUUCAGAGCAGAUGGCAAUCUUGGAAAGAUUCGAUUCACCCCUACUUCUCAAAUGGACGCUUUUAAGUUAUUUUAAGCUUUGUUAUUUAUAUAACUUAUAAAUUAUUGUAAUUUAAAAAUUCUGAUAGCUUGAGUCUUUUUAUAAAGCACAUCCUGACAUCAUGUUUUACAAGACUAUCUAGAGCAGAGGGGGUUCACACUUUUUUGAUACAAGGACCCCAAAUAUGACAUUCCCCUUGUGAGGGACCUCUAUUUACAAAGAAAAACAAAUAAUACACUUUUUUUUUUUUGGAUAUAUCGUCAUUGUACUUUAAAAAUAAUAAAAUAAAUGCAAUACCAUGACUUUUACUAGUCUUUUAUAGACAAAGGAAAGAUUAUAUCAAAUGAAAUGUUGAAAUUGUUACAAAUGUAUGCCAAAUUAAAACCAUAAGUAUAUUCCAUACUGCUGGCAUAUUCACAGUUGUGAGUCUGCAGCUGACCAAAAAAAAAAAAAAAAAAACACAAAGAAUGGAAUCACUCAGCCGUGUCAAUGGAUUAUACAUGCUUUUCAUUAAACAUAUGUCAUCUUUUAUGGA